AUUGUACAGUCUACACCAGAAAUUCUUGCAUAUUGCGAGAGGUUUCAAGGCACUCAGUACUUGACCUGUUUGUAACAUAUACAUUUUACGAUUCAAUUGGUGGCUUUGUGAUUUCAGCGCUUCGCUUUGUCGUUCGGUGCUUAAUUUCUUGAUUCUCCAAUACAAUUCGAAAGCGACUUUUGAGGGACAGGCGCAAGGGAGAUUACAGCACACAGUCGAAGCAAGCUUCGAAGUGACAGUACGCAAAAGAAAUUCUCACUUAACUGCCGACAUUGCAUAGCGACAAACCUAAAAAAAGAAGUGCAUCUGGCUUAAGCGCCUGGCAUGGGCAGCAAACUGUACCGCGCUUGAAUAAACUGGCUUGAUUCUACCGUUCGCUUGUGCGCGCCUCCGAGGUAAGAUGAAAAGCUCUUUAGCACUCUUUCUGUUCCAUAUUUUCCACCACAUUCCACUGUCGCGCUUGAAAUAUAGUCGAAACGACGAAGGCUUCUAUUUCUCCUUGUGCAGUUGACAGCUUGCCUCGGUCAUCUGGAGUACUUGGAUUCUUCUGGAGACAAUCAUUUCGCUAACAUGGCACAAUAUGCAAUGUACAUGGCUAAUGUCUGCGACGGUUUCUCUAUAGACCCUAAUUUUCUGGCUUUGUGGAUGGCUUCCUCCGAGGUAGACCAGAAGGCCUUGGGCAAUUUCGCGGCCUUAACCAGCCUCGAAAACCCCUUCCUGUCCGCAAUGCUUUAUAGAGUUCUAGGCCUUUCGGUCAUGCUUUCGAAGAAGUUACUUCGUGCACGACGAUUACGGCGACUGGACCCUAGCCGAGAAACCAAGUCGCUGCAGUUGUAUCAUCAUAUCUUAUGGCUCUCCCGUGAAGGAUUGCUGAUUCUGGAAGAGUUCGUUCUCCCGAUGGUUGAGGGAUAUGUGGAGCCGAAGAUCCUGGCCUAUAAACUCCGAGCAUCUUUUUACCACAUAUUUGUGCUUUUCCACAAUCAGCCUGCAGUUCACUGGCCCGGCAUCACCAGUUUUCCGAGCAAUGGUACCAAACUAAACAACGCACCCAAAGCCGAAUCACUAGGCAAAGAACCCGGGUCGAGGUUCUCAUUUAGAUCGAAUGCAGAAUCAAUAUCAGUCCCUGAACAGCCAGCUUACAGCUCAGGGAAUGUCUCUCGGUACACUACUCUCCAGGUUCCCCCGGGACUUGCACCCGUUCAACCGCCCAAGGCGUCGUCCUUUCUCCUGCCUGCUCUCGACUACACCCCUACGGCGACGGCAUGCUUCAAUCACGCGUCUCUCUUGGCCGAACGAUUUCUUCCUGGCUCCCACCCUCUGCGUCUGUCUAUCAAGCUCGAAUAUGCGGCGUAUCUUUACGAUUGCCUCCAUGAUCCCAAUGCUUGCCGGCGGGUGGCCAAACAAGCUAUAGCGGAUGUGUAUAAAGCCCAAGAGGCUAUGGAUGAUGAAAGCUUUGCGGAUGCCGCUGAGAUCGUUGGAAUUUUGGGGAAGAUGGUUAAGCGAGGGGGCAAGACUAGCACUGAAGGUAGCAGCACGGCCUCUGCGACACUUCGGGGUGGGAGUUCGAGGAGUGAAAUUGGCGAUACACCGGCAACGGUCACACCAGUGCCACCUGUAACAGCAUCACCAAAGACUAGCAAUGACUUGCCUCCAGCCGUUCCUGACCCUACCAUGAUGAACCCAAUCUAAUAUCACUACAAGCUUUGAGUGCGGAUGAUUAAUUGCGACGAUGUCACUGCGAUUGUAUAUGAUGGCCAAACGUGCUGCAGUGUGGGUGUUUGAUGAAAUUCACAGAUCUUCCUCGGCUGUGGCACUGGCCUUGACUUUUGUCCUUUUACUUUGUUUGGAGCGACAUUAUAUACUCUUUCCUUUUAUUGGGUUUAGGCUUUUAUACCUCUAAUGCGGUAAUUCUAGAUAGUCAUUUUGUAUUAUCCAACCUCACAAUGCUAACAAAAAGAAGCUAUGCGUUGGGAUUUACAUUGUUCCUUGCUUGCUUUUCGAAUUCAGUAGCUAUGAUGGUUGGUGGCCCUG